AUGUCCCUUCGAGUCGCGUCUCUCUUUAUCGCGUCAUUCGCGUCCAUAGCGGCUGCCGGUCCUGCUUUUCAGAACUUUGUCGUUCAGGAAACUGUCCGUGUUGUGCCUGCUGGUUUCACCAAGGUUGGGAUUGCCCCCGCCUCCCAGAACAUCAACCUCCGCAUCGCUUUGCCUUCCAGAGACUUUGCUGGUCUUGAAAAGGCUCUAUUCGACGUCUCAACUCCCUCUAGCUCCAACUACGGAAACCAUCUUUCCAAAGCCGAGGUCAACGCAUUCUUGGCUCCGUCUGACGUGGCAAUUGCUGCUGUCGAUGCAUGGCUUGCCUCGCAUAAUCUGAUUGCCAACCGUUCUUCAUCGGUGGGUGACUGGCUCUCGGUUAAUGUCGCCGUCUCCAAGGCCAACGAGAUGCUAUCGGCCCAGUACGAGAACUUUGCUCACCGUGCCUCUGGAAAAACAUACGCUCGCACACUCUCUUACUCUCUUCCAUCCGAAGUGGCUGAUUUCGUGGUUCAUAUCCAUCCUACUACCACUUUCAACAACCCCCGGACCUUGCGGCCUGUUAUUUCCGCACCUAAGCCUGGUAUCGUCGCUGAUGCUACACCGGCUUCAUGCGCUACGGAGAUCACCCCAGCAUGCUUACAGUCGCUCUACGGCAUUCCACAGACACCUGCCACCGAAACAUCCAACUCGAUUGCAUAUGCCAACCAGGCCGACCUCAGGUCUUUCCUCAAGACCUUCCGCCCUGAUAUCUCAUCCUUGACCACCUUUACUCUCCAAACACUUGACGGGGGCUCAAACCCGCAACAAAGCUCAGAGGCCGGCAUCGAAGCUAACCUUGAUAUCCAGUAUACUAUCGGUGUUGCUACCAAUGUGCCGGUCUUCUUCGUCUCUGUUGGAGAGAACUUCCAAGACGGGGACUUGGGGGGCUUCCUCGACAUCGUUAACUUCCUUUCUGACGAGGAUAAUGUUCCUCAAGUCAUGACUACAUCAUACGGUGAGAAUGAAACGGACAUGUCGAAAGCACUUGCUUUCAAACUCUGUGAAGCAUAUGCUGGUUUCGGGGCUCGUGGCUCCUCUAUCUUAUUUGCCUCCGGAGAUGGAAGCGUAGAAGGCGGUCAACCCCAGCCGUGCAUCGAGUAUCAAGCCGCAUUCCCAGCCGGUUGCCCAUUCCUUACUGCUGUCGGCUCUACCCAUGGUAUCUCUCCAGAAACUGGGUCUGCGUUCUCCUCGGGCGGUUUCUCCAACUACUGGGGGACACCGGAUUACCAAGCUGAUGCCGUCGCUGCCUUCCUCAAUGCGCAGGGCACCACGAACAGCGGCCUGUUCAACGCUUCUGGCCGCGGAUACCCCGACGUCUCUGCUCAAGGCGAAAAUGUCCAAAUCGUCUCGGGCGGCUCCAAGGGCGGUGUUGAAGGCACCUCAUGUUCCUCGCCGAUUUUCGCCAGCGUUAUUGGGCUCAUUAACGACAAACUGAUCGCUGCGGGUAAUCCGCCUCUCGGAUUCCUUAACCCGUGGCUGUACGCUAACCCGGGUAUGCUGAACGACGUCACGAAAGGCAGCAACCCUGGAUGUGGCGCCAAGGGCUUCACUGCCCGUGCUGGCUGGGAUCCAGUCACCGGAUUGGGUACACCCAACUUCGCAAAGAUGUUGGCUGCUGCUGGCUUGUAG